AUGGCCAGCCUGGAAAAAUUCCAUAUCAUCGACGAUAUCGAUAUACAACAUUUACCCAUCGUUUACCUCUUAUACAAAACGAAAAGCGAAGUUGAACCAACUACACACCAUAGACCUCGCGCAGAUUAUGAGGACAUCGAUCAAGGCGCUAACCAGGAAGCGCAAUCGCUCAAACUCGUCCUACUGUGCGCAGUAGUAGCCUGUAUCGCUACCGUACUCCACAGUUUAUUUCCUUUCUUAUUAUUGGCACAUGAGGGUGGAGCCCUGGAGUAUCAAAUAUUUUUGCCCUUAUGUUCAUCUAAUUCCAAGAAUUUUCAGGCAGCUAUGGUGCUUGGACGAUUUGUAGCUGUUCUGCUAGCAGAUAAAGUCGCAUCGUAUUUCUACAUGGGAAUCAGCAUUAUUGGCUGCGGUGCUGCUUGCUGUGCUUUCACAUUUGAUAGGGGUUUAUGGCCUGGGUCUGCAUUAUUUGGAUUUUUCCUAUCGACUCUUCUACCAUCAAUGAUCGUGUAUAUAAGGCAUACAUUAUCUUUACCAGCUGAAAGAAUUUUCGCUUUGAUGUCCGGGUCAUCUAUGGGACAUGUGAUUUAUCCACUAUUCUUGACACUAGCGAACUCCAGUGAGAGCCGAAUAUUCAUAGCUAUUGAUUUUUUCGCCAUACUAUUGCUGGUACUCCUCUACGUCUCUAUCCUGAAUGUGCAGGCGCAGACGGAGAGAACAGGAGCUUCCCAAGACUCCAUAAGAAUUUUUAUCGAUCGAUUUUUCUCUGGCGAAGCGAUGCUGAAACGAACGAGGUCGCUCCGCCCCCUGAUCUCCAGGCUCAGACCGAACUCGUACAGACGUUUUCGAGGGCGCAACGUCUCCGCUAUCUCACACUCUUCCGACGUACCCAAAAUCGAAAUCACACUUGAAAGGAAGCCUCAAAUACAGUACAACUGA